AUGUCCGGGGAGACUGGAACUCCCUCUUAUGAAGAUGAAGGGGAAGAAGAAGCUGAUAUCACUUCUCCCCAUGGGAAGAAAAGGACUGCCUCUGAAGAUCUGGAGGUGGAGGAUCCCAAGAGAGGGGAGGUGUCCCUAUCAGCCGGUUCGGAAGAUGAUGCUGCACAGUUCCUCCGUAAGGACAGGCCCUUAGCCGAAUCUCCUCCUCAACAGUCCUCCUCCUUGGGUGACCUGCUUCCGGAGAUGAUGGAAAGCAAGAUGCCUCCACAUGUUUCCUCGCCCCUUAAGGCAGACGACUUCGAGGUGUCAUCCUGGAGGGUCGCCCCCGAUCACCAAAUGGCGCGGGGGGCAAUGAAGACAGCGCCCAAAGGUGAUACUUCGGUUGCCAAUGGUCCGGGAUUACACCACCCCUACCCAGGCUAUUUGACAUGCCAGGGGUCGAAGGCUGGGGAAAAAGGCACCUUACAGUCGUCGCACUCGUUGUUGCCGCCUCGUCCAUUGCCAUCCACCUCCUCAUCAGGGCCAAGAAACACAUGGCCGGACAACCUGCCCCCGGGCUCCCUGGGCCUGCCGGUGAUCGGCCAGAGCUUCGGCCUCCUUCAGGCCAUGCGUGGAGGCGACGGCGGCAGCCGGUGGGUACAAGACCGGAUCGAUAGGUACGGGCCCGUGUCGAAGCUGUCGCUGUUCGGCACGCCGACGGUGCUCCUGGCCGGACCAGCGGCGAACAAGUUCCUGUUCUUCAGCAGCGCGCUUUCGACACGGCAGCCACGGUCCGUGCAGCGGAUACUCGGCGAGAACAGCAUCCUGGACCUCCACGGCGCCGACCACCGGCGCGUCCGCGGCGCUCUGCUCGAGUUCCUCAGGCCGGACAUGCUCAAGAUGUACGUGGGCAGGAUCGACGCCGAGGUGCGGCGCCAUGUCGAGGAGAACUGGGCCGGCCGCGGGACGGUGACGGUGCUGCCGCUGAUGAAGCGGCUGACGUUCGACAUCAUCUCCGCGCUGCUCUUCGGCCUGCAGAGGGGCGCUGUGCGGGACGCGCUGGCCGGCGACUUCGCGCACAUGAUGAAGGGCAUGUGGGCUAUCCCGGCGAACCUGCCGUUCACGGCGUUCAGCCGGAGCCUCAAGGCCAGCGGCAGAGCCCGUCGGGUGCUGGCGGGGAUCACGCGGGAGAAGAAGGCCGGCCGGCGCCAGCCGGAGCACGGCAAGGCGCCCCGGAGCAACGACCUCAUAACCUGCCUGCUCGGCCUGACGGACAGCCAUGGCGAGCGGCUGCUGAGCGACGAGGAGAUCGUGGACAACGCCAUGGUCGCCCUCAUCGCCGGCCACGACACGUCGUCCAUCCUCAUGACGUUCAUGGUCCGCCACCUCGCCAACGAUGAUGCCACGCUCGCUGCCAUGGUCCAAGAGCAUGAAGAGAUCGCCAUGAACAAAGCCGAGGGAGAGGCUCUCACCUGGGAAGAUCUGACGAAGAUGAAGUUCACAUGGCGAGUCGCGCAGGAGAUCCUUCGCAUCGUCCCUCCGAUCUUCGGCAACUUCAGAAGAGCGCUGGAGGACGUCGAGUUCGACGGCUACCUAAUCCCAAAAGGAUGGCAGGUGUUCUGGACGGCGAACGUGACGCACAUGGACGCGAGCAUCUUCCACGAGCCGGCCAAGUUCGACCCGUCCCGGUUCGAGAACCAGGCCGCGUCGGCGGCGGCGCCGUGCUCCUUCGUCGCCUUCGGGGGCGGCCCGAGGAUAUGCCCCGGCAUAGAGUUCUCUCGGAUCGAGACGCUGGUGACGAUGCACCACCUUGUGAGGCACUUCAGAUGGAAGCUAUGCUGCAAGGAGAACACCUUCGUGAGGGACCCCAUGCCGUCGCCGCUGCGUGGCCUACCCAUCCAAAUCGAGCAGAGGACCUCCGCUCCACCGUGACGAGGCUUCACCGCAAUCUCGGUAUCAUCGUCGGUCGGAUUGCACUAGAAAAUGUAGCUGCUCGGUGAUGGGUAAUAAAUCAACAUCUUUUCACUAUCAUGACUUUUCUUGUCUGCCACAUAUAUUUAAUUCAAGAUAAGUACUCGAAUUUGGUGUUUUAUGGGCAGCUCCAA